GUGUUUGUAGUUUCUUCAUGUGGAAGCUAUGAGGUGUGGUGCUUUGAACCAACAAUGCAAAGAGGUCAAACUUGUCAACAAGGAGGGAAAGUCAUGGACUGCGCGCUUCGGAUUUAGCGAAUCAGACGGCGCAUAUUACAUCAGCAGAGGGUGGAGAAAGUUCUGUCGUGAUAACAGAUGCACCAACGGAGAUUUGUUUGUGUUCAACGUGGUUGGAGACGGGACGACAACUCCAUUACUGUGUGUAUGUCCGGAAAGGAAGGAGUGUACUGAACUACUGAUCAAGCACUUCAGCAGAAUCGAUGGUAGCAUUGCUUCUACCUCACGAAAUUAGAUGGCUCUUUUGCGGUCUUUCCUCUCUAUCAUCUUAACUUGUUUCCUUUUGUUUCAUUAGCAACUUAUCAACUUAUGUAUUUCGGUUUGUAAAACUUGAAUGGUUUUUCUAUGUGAACUUUUAUCCUAAGUUAAACAUUCUCGAAC